CUUCACCACACCCGCAUGUGGGCAAAACGGACGCAAAUGCCGGAGAAGUGCGUAUCGGAACUAUUCCUUCUCCACAAUCCCUGUGUUUACAUUUCAUUCAACUUUCCUUUUUUUUUUAUAUGAGAACGUCUUAAAACUGACUCGCUCAAGAGAUACUAAAUUUCCAUUCACUCUAUGGCACAGGCGUGAGUAAGUGUGCUCUGAAGAUGACAGCCAAACAGAAGUGGGUGGCCCUGAAGGACCAUGUCGCCACCCCCCUGGAGGAGACCCAGACAGACGGCAACCUGGAGAAUUCCGACCCGGAGCUGUGCAUCCGGCUGCUGCAGAUCCCCAACGUGGUCAACUACUCGGGCCUGAAGCGUCGGCUGGAGGCCAGCGACAGCACCUGGAUGACCCAGUUCCUGGAGCUGAGCGGCCUGGACCUGCUCCUGGAGGCCCUGGACCGGCUGUCUGGGCGGGGCUGCGCCCACAUCUCCGACGCCUUCCUGCAGCUGACCUGCGUCGGCUGCGUGCAUGCGGUCAUGAACUCAUCCGCCGGCAUCCACUACAUCGUGGACAACGAGGGCGGAUAUGUCCGCAAGCUGUCUCAAGCUCUGGACACUUCUAACACCAUGGUCAAGAAGCAAGUGUUUGACCUCCUGGCUGCCCUUUGCAUGUUCUCUGGAGAUGGCCACAGCCUUGCCUUGGAUGCCCUGGAGCACUACAAGAGUGUGAAGACCCAGCAGUACCGCUUCAGCGUCAUCAUGAAUGAGCUUCAGGCCACGGACAAUGUGUCGUACAUGGUCACCCUCCUCAGUGUGGUCAAUACCCUCAUCUUCGGCGCUGAGGACCUCAGGAGGAGAGACAGGCUGCGCAAGGAGUUCAUUGGGCUACAGUUACUGGAUAUACUUCCAAAAUUAAGGGAGCAGGAGGAGGAGGACCUGGUUAUCCAAUGUGAGGCGUUCGAGGAGACAAUGGCCGAGGAUGAGGAGGAGCUCCAGAGGAUCUAUGGGGGCAUUGACAUGAGCAGCCACCAGGAGGUGUUCUCUGCCGUCUUCACCAAAGUGAGCAGCUCUCCCUCCUCUCUCCAGCUGCUGUCCAUCCUACAGGCCCUAAUGCAGCUGGGUCCAGACCAGGCUGAGAUGUGGCAGGCACUGGAGGCCCUUACCACCAGGGCCACACUGCUGGCCCAAGAAGCUGCAGUGGAAAGUGUUGACAGCGUCAUGGAGCGGCUGGUUUCUUCCAAGGCGAAGGCGGGGUCCAGCGGCCAGCAGUCUCCGGACCGCGGGCUGAACAGGACGAACAGGGCCGUGCAAACGGACCCAGCGGACAGCGAGCCACGGGCAAGCCCAGGCUCUGUGACUCAGCCAUGCCAGUCUUCUACUGUGGCGUCUCCCACCCCAGUGCCACCUCCACCCUUGCCUGGAUUGGUGCCCCCACCCCCACCACCUCCCCCAGGCAUGGAAACCAUAAUAGUGGCAAAGACCAGUCAAUCACUGGGGUGCUCCUAUGGCUCCACCCACAAAGCAGGCCGCUGUCCCACACAUCGAAUGAAGAAGCUCAACUGGCAGAAACUCCCACCCAGAGCUGUGUCCAACAGCCAUUCAAUGUGGAUGUCGGUGCAGACGGACAGUCCCAUGGAGCCGGACUACUCCAGCAUCGAGCAGCUCUUUUGCCUGCCCCAGGUGGAUCCCAAGAGCAAGAGCACGACUGCUCCGGCCAAGAAGGAACCCAAAGAGAUAUCUUUCAUUGAUGCCAAGAAAAACAUGAACUUAAAUAUAUUGCUGAAGCAGUUCAGAUGUUCAAAUGAGGAGUUUGUGGCCAUGGUGGCGGGUGGCUGCUCCGAGUUUGAUGUGGAGGUGCUGAAACAGCUUCAGAAGCUUCUACCAGAAAAACAUGAGACUGAGAACCUGACGUCGUUCCAAGGGGAGCGAGAGAAACUGGCUAAUGCUGACCAGUUCUACCUUCUUCUCCUCGCUGUGCCAUGUUAUUCUCUGAGGAUAGAGUGCAUGUUGCUGUGUGAGACUGCCUGUGUGCUGGAGAUGCUGAGGUCCCAAGUGGAGGUGGUGCCCCAGGCGUGCGACGGCGUGAGACAAAGUGUUCGCCUGUCCCGUUUCUGUAAGCUGAUACUUGACGUUGGGAACUUUCUCAACUACGGAAGCCACAUAGGAAAUGCUGAGGGGUUCAGAAUCAACACCCUGCUAAAACUAAGCGAAACCAAAGCCAACAAAUCCCGUAUCACCCUCCUUCAUCACAUCCUGGAGGAGGCAGAACAGAACCAUGCAGACCUGCUGAACCUCCCUGAUGACAUUGAGAUUUGUGAAAAGGCAGCAGGAGUGAACCUGAACUCCAUCCAAUCAGAAGCCAACUCCCUCUCUCUACGCCUGAAGAACAUUGAAAAUAAGGUGUCCUCAUCUGUGGAGGACAUCAAACAGCAGUACAUGAGUGCUAUUGAGGAGAAUAUGAAAGCCUGCAGUGACCUGGAGGAGCAGUUUGCUGAGAUUGAGAAGAAGAAGACUGAACUGGCUCAGUAUCUGUGUGAGGAUGCAUCCACGCUCAAAUUGGAGGACCUCUUUGGCACAAUCAGGACAUUUCGUGGGCUCUUCCUCAAGGCCCUCAAGGAGAACAAGAGCCGCAGGGAACAGGCCGUCAGGAUGGAGCUGAGGCAGAAGCGCCAGGCCGAAGAAGAGGCCAAGAGACAGACAGAAGGCGGAGUGAUCAAGCGAAAGAUCCCCCCGCCGCAGGAAGAAGGCUGCAUAAUUGACAACCUGCUGGCGGACAUCCGGAAGGGCUAUCAGCUGCGAAAGACGAGACCCAAGAGCAAAUUGGAAAGUCCCUUCGCUAUAGAAGUACGAAGGGAUGACGCGCAUACCAGACUAAGCGAUGUGCCUGAAAUUAACACAGACACUGGACACACCCAUACUAUUGAGGGUGUGGCCAAGGAUGGGUCGGUCAGUACAGGCCAAGAGGCACCAGCCACUCCUGUCAGGAGCAUCUGUGAUGUGCCUGACAGUAAUUCAGCAAACACUGCCCCCUCACCGCCCAGCUUGGACGUGACCUCCACCACGGACGAGGAAAACUCAGAAAAACCCCAAUCCUUUCAGAGUACGAAAAAGAAUGGCGGGGAAGGUAGCACCAAAGAGAAGAACAAGAAAAGAAAGAAAAAAUUAACCAAUUUCACUGCUUUUCUACUCAAUAUAGCCCUGCCUGUCUUAAGUCAUAGUAUAAUUAUGUAUGUAUGUAGGUAUGUAUGUAUGUUUGUAUGUCAUAUGUAACAUCUGCACAAUAUUUGAGGAGCAAGCGUAUUGGAAAAAUUUGCAUUAAAACGUUCUGUAAUAGAGGUAGUGGUUGGGAUAACGCCUCUACUUCUACAGUGAUCUGGCCAUUCCAAGAAAAUUUAGUAGGUCUACAGCUACGUCAGCACUGUCCCGUGACCUCUGGGUUCAUGCGGUCCUUUGGGGAGUUUGUGGAGGCAACAGUGACAUGGAAUUAUAUCAGUCAAUUCUCAUUGUAAAAAAACGUGAUGGAUCUUUUUACACAGAGACUGAAAUGACUGUUUAAGUUCAGGUGAAAUUUAUGUUUGUGUCCGAUUAUGAAUCAGCAUCCGGUGUUCUACGAGCAAACUCAAAAGUCCAUGAGAUGGAAGGCAGUGGUUGAACUCCAGUCAGCAAUAAUGCCGUGUGUUCGUAUGUCGUUUCCCUCUUUCAAGAAUCGUUGAAUAAAUUAUUCUGAUAGAUUAUUUGAAAAUGUCUCUUGAUAAUAUUUAUUAUAUUAAAUUCUGUGUCUUGUAACUUUAAGCUUAUGUAAAUUAGGAUAAUAUUUAGCUGAGGUUACCAUAAAAAUAUGUAAUUUGUACAAGGCAUACAUGGUAAAUGGAAAAAGUGAAAUUUUACAUUGAGAGUCAGUGCAGAAGAAAGAUAGUGUACUUCUGUAAAUCUUAACAAUACAAAGAGCAAUUUUUAUUAACUGUACAUAUGAAUGGAAUUAAUUUUAUAGUCAUCAGUUUAAAUCCUACAAAAGUUAAGAUAUUUUUAAGACUUUUUCCCUUAUUGUCCUUUGGGGCCAUGGCUUGGAUAACUUACUUGUUUUUAUUGGUUGACAGCUGUGCAUUAUAUUUGUGUAUAGGCAUGGUAAUCCAGGUACUCUGCCUCAUUACAGUUCUAAAUCACCACACAAAAACUUUCAUAUUGUCUGCAUAGAUACCAAAAUACAAGGAAACGUAACCAUAACAACAGGUUAUUCAAAAAAUGUUUUUAUCCAGCGAAAAUGUUAGUUUUGUAGUCAGGGGUGCAGUAUUCAUUAUGUUUGGAAAUAUUAACGUUGAAUAGUUACAUAGAGUAGAGUAAAUUACACAGCUGACUGUGUCUUACCAAUG